AUGUUAUUAUUAAUUACAAUUGUGCUUGCUCUUCGAGUCGACGCAAUUUGGUGCGAAUAUAAACAAGGUGUGAUUUCUUACGACAAACAAACUUCAACCUGCGCAUUAAUUACAAGGGGUCUAGACAUUUCCAAAGUUGACAGUUCAAAAGUUUCAAUCACGUUCACUGAAAGUUGUUGCUCAACAAACGAAAUUACAUUUGACGACCGAGAUUAUCCGGCUGACACAAUUUCACAAUUUAAUUUUGCAAAUACGGAAAUAGCUCUUUCUGCUUUGUUUGUACGAACUAAGCUUUCUUCAAGUUAUGUUGUGUUUGGUGACCUUUAUCCGGAGGGUCUUUUUGUUUCGAUGGGAUGCUUUAACAAUGAAAUAAAUUGUAGAAAUGUUGUGAACAAUAUUGUUGAAAUUCGACCAAAGUUCGUCAUUCAAUCGAAAGGCCUCCACCUAUAUUCAGAUAUUGACCAGAUGUGGAUAAUCAGUAAAAAUAAGACUGUUGGUGAUAAACCUUCAUAUUUAUGUAUAGAUGGAACAAAGAAGCAGACAAUUCUUUUUAAAUUUAAUUACGACUAUGUGUUUGGUGAGAACUAUGGAAGUGGAAGGUAUCUCUUCACUGCCAACUCGGCAAUAACGUACAACAUGGCGUUAAAAAAUCCAUCAAACGGCACAGUUUCAUACAUCCAGAAAUUAGUGUGCAACCGAAAUGGAGUUAUCAGGUAUUUGUUAUUCGACACUGGGUAUGCGGGGGUAACAGAUAACACGGAGUGCACAUGCAAGCCAACAACAACUUCAGUCACAAACGAUUACAACUUCAAUUUCCCGGAUUGCAGAUACAAUUCAACUGCAUUUGAUUUGGAUUUAAGUAUGUUGAGUGGCAACUCGAUAAGUGUUACAAUCUCUCCAACAGCAAAUGUGUGGUAUUCAGCAACAUUUGGUGCAUCAAAGGCGUACACAGUUACUCCGUUACCAACAAACACAGAUGGAAUCACAUUCACUGAACUCACAAUUGAGAGUGAAAAGGCCGUCACUUUUGAGAUGAAAUGCACAGUCAAAACACUCACAAUAAAUUCAGUUGGGAAUUUCUAUUUCAAAGGAGGAAUUUCAAUUGAGACGGCGUCACUUAAAGAUUCAACAAAUUUUGCGAAUAACAUCCUCUUUUCCGUUGAUGGAAGUUUUGAAGAUAAAAGCAAUUUACUGACAAAAUGUGGGCGACGUGCGAUUCUGAAAACGUCAAUUGACACGUUGUGUGACUGCCGAUAUGAUGGCAGUAAAUUCACAACCAGCGACACCGCCAAUCCAAUUUUGAAUCGCGACGACUGUGUUGACUCAACACUUGAAAACGAACUCACUCUUGUUGUUACUGGAAAUAGUUACAAUCCAACAAAAAGUGAGGUUUGGAAAGCAAUCAAAUCCACAAACCCUGCAAUUGAAAUAUCUCUUGGACAAUUCACGUUGAGUGCAGCGAGUUGCGGUUUUGGUGGAAGUGUCACAAUUCCAAAGUCAACAGUGACAUGCACACAUUUCGACAUUUCACAAAACACACAAAUCACAACACAAGGCACAUUCAGUUUCUCGACAUUCACUGCAACACAACAACUCACAAGAAGCAACACAAGUGGUGUUGUGAAGGUGUUAUCCAGUGGAAGUGUUCCGUCUCUGAGUUCAAUUCAAUACACUGGAAGUGACUUUACCACCUGCUUUGAGUUGAUUUCAUACCAAAGUGAAACACAGCAAACACUGGACACGGCAAACACAAAGAUGCUUGGAAAGAAGUUGGUUCGCCACUGUGGAACAUCAACAUUUGAUUAUGGCAUUCUGUGUGUUCUUCUCAAGAGUGAUAUGAACAACAACACAAGUUAUCAAAACGAAGUGCUUCACUGCCCAACUAACACAGCCAACACAGUGAUUCAGAUAAACACUGUAAGUUACACACAAACAGUCCAAUUUGAUGGCGUCUUCUCACAACAGAUCACACAGACUUCUCUCACUAAGAAAGACACAAAGGUGUCACAAUUCCAAGACAAAAGUAACACAGUGAUUAACAUUGACAAGAGCUCACUUGAUAAGCAAACCAUCUCAGUGUCACAAUCAGCAAGUAAACUGUUUGUGAGUUCUUCGUUUGGCUUUGAAAAUACCGCAAAGGCGAUGAAGGGUGCAACUGAUGGCGUUUCUGUUGUGUACAGUUCUUCAACAAACUGCACUGCCUUUCUUGUCAAAGGCAGCACAACAACAUGUGAGAAUUGCAGAAAUUCAUAUCUAACAAAUGGUCUGUGUUACAAUUACGACAGUACUUGCACCAACUAUUAUCAGGGAGCAACUUCGUCUGUGUGCGACACGUGUGGCAGUCGGUAUGAGGCGUACAAAUACGAAUGUGUUAGUUGUAACACGGGUGGCGCAACAACGUGCACACACUGUGUUGGUGGGAAGUGUGUUGAGUGUGCUGACUGGAAUCUUGUUGAAAGUGGUGUGUGCAAAGGAGUUGACAGAGCAACAACACUCCUUCAUGGCAGAGGAAUCUCACUCAAAUGUGCAAAUGGGUACUACAGUCACUACGAUGUGUGUUUAAAUACAGCAGCAACGUGUUUACAACAAACCGACUCGACGACGUGUACCGUUUGCAACAUAGCGAGUGUCUUACACGAUGGCAGUUGUGUCUCAGUAUCGAACUUUGAUAGAAAAUCAAACACAGAAGUGUUGAGUUGUGUUGGCGGGUACUUCGUUGACAAAACAACAAACGUGUGCCAACAAUGCACAGACAAGUAUGGUGCUUUCUGUUUGUUGUGUGACUCUUCAAGUUGUCUGAAAUGCAAAGACGCUGUGUUGACAAUGGAGGGAACGUGUUCGAGUUACACCGACAGCGGGUGUUCGUCGUCGACAGAUGUUCAUUGCUCGUACUGUUCAGUUGCAACAAAUUAUAUUAACUCAAAUGGGAAGUGUAUAGCCAAUCCAAAGAACUGUCUGACUUCUUCAAAGAGUGGAAAUUGUUUCACUUGUGCUGAGGGACUUCACCUUGAUGGAACACGCAGUUGCGUCUCAGAAGGAACAACGGACAAUUGCGACCAAAUGAGCAAAGCAAACGAUCGAUGUAUCAGGUGCUCACCAGGACAUUAUCUUGAAAAUGGUGUAUGUCCAUCGUGUCAAGACUUCUGCGUUCUCUGUUCUGACUCAAACACGUGUCUCCAAUGCGACUCAAAACACGUCUUUAACGGGACUUAUUGCGAAGAAAUCUCUGACAAAUUCCACUGCAAAAACUACUUGCAAGGGACGUCCACGUGUGUUGUGUGUGAAGAUGGCUAUUUCAGAAAUCCAAAAACAUCUCUGUGUGAGUCUUGUGUUGAUGGGUGUAAUAAAUGCACCAACGACGCGAUGUGUUUGCUCUGCAAUGUAGACUACUUUUUACUCAGCGACCACACCCAAUGCAUUCCAUACAAAAACUUGACAAAUUGCAACGUGACAAGUUCAUCUGGGUGUGUGACGUGUUCAAUUGGUUAUUAUUAUGAUAACCAGUAUUGCUCGUCGUGUUCCUCUGCAAUUCCCAAUUGCAACAAAUGUUACUCCAACACGGACUGCAUGUCAUGUGAAGAUAAUUUCAUUUUAAUAAACAAAAAUUGUUCUGCAAAAAGUGAAGUUGCGAACUGUGUGGAAGUGACCAACUCAAAGUGUUCAAAGUGUUCUUUCUGGCACACCACAAACUCAGACAACACUUCAUGCAUCACACAAGCCGUGUGGUGGGUGAUACUUCUCAUCGUCAUUUUUAUAGUAUUUAUAAUAAUAUGUUUAAUUAUAUUAAUGAUAAUAGCACUCACCAAAUAUUUUGAUUAUUUAAGGCUUAAAAGAUGUGUUCAACAGUUCAGUGUCUUUUCAAUUGACAAGACAAACAUUUCUUUUAUCAAAACUUCGAAUAAAAGUAUAUUACUCAACAAAUUAGAAAUUGUGUUUGAAGGAAAAAAUGAAAAUCAAAGAGAAAUUCCCGUUUCUGUUGAAAGUCGUGAAUUGAUCUGUGUGGGAAACGUCGGCAAAAACACUUUGAAAGUCCAGUUUACCUUUAAAGAAAACAAUGAAAAGAUGACACUCCGAGUUGAACCCAAAAUAGUUGUCAUUCCACGUGGAAAAGCAAUUGAAUUUGAAGUUUUCAUUCAACCAAACUGUUCAUGUAAAAUAGACGACAAACUUAUUUUGAUAUCUGUUGAUAUGAAAAAAGGAGAAAACUAUGAAAUGCCAAUUUUUAUAAAAGCAGAGACAGAGAUGUCGACUCGUUUAGACCCCAAUGAAAUUAAUGAAGAAAAGAAACUUGGCGAGGGGUCUUUUGGAAUUGUCUACAAAGGAACUUAUCGAGGGAAUGUCGUUGCUAUUAAGAAGAUGAAAUUGAACGGAAGUGAUAAAACAAAAGUAGACGAGUUUGAGAAGGAAGUCCUAAUGUUGGAUAAAUUUAGGAGUGAAUAUAUCGUCCACUUUUAUGGCGCUGUAUUUAUACCAAAUAAGAUAUGUAUGGUCACUGAAUUUGCACAAUAUGGGUCUUUACAAGACUUAAUGAAACAUAAAAAAACAGAAGAAGUAAAAAAUCCAACGCGUAUUAAGUUAAUGUAUGACGCAGCAAAAGGAUUGGAGUAUUUGCAUAACAAUGGGAUUUUACAUAGAGACAUUAAACCAGACAAUUUCUUAGUGUUUUCAUUAGAAAGUGGAAUUGAUGUGAACGCCAAAUUGACUGAUUUUGGGUCAUCAAGAAAUGUGAAUAUGAUGAUGACUAACAUGACAUUCACUAAGGGUAUUGGUACACCUACAUAUAUGGCGCCUGAAGUUUUAAAACAAGAAAAGUACAAGAAAAGUGCAGACAUCUAUUCGUUUGCUAUUACUAUGUACGAGUGUUUUAUAUGGAAAGAAGCUUAUCCAAAAGAAGACUUCAAAUUUCCAUGGAAAAUAGCAGAGUUUGUUAACUCUGGUAAACGAUUUGAAAAUACUCAAAACAUUUCAAAUGAUCUGUUUAAACUCAUUACAAAGUGUUGGUGUCAAAAUCAAAUCGAAAGACUCAAAAUUGAAGAUAUCACAAAGAAGCUUCAAACAUAUCUAAAUUAA